AUGGCCAACACGUGCGGCGACGCUACUCUCCCCCAGGGCAUGGUCACCUUCCUGGUCGGCGACGACGAGGAGCGCGUCGAGCACGUGAGCAAGUGCGUCCUCUGCGUGCGGUCCGUGUUCUUUCGGACCAUGUUUGGCAUCGGCAUGAAGGAGCGCGACGCCGCCGUAGUGACGGUGCGCAAAACCGACCUCGCCACCUUCACCGCCCUCGUCCGCUACCUCUGCACCGACCAGCUCGACCUCGGCGAGGAGGAGGGCGAGCAGGCGCGGCGCGCGCUCGACCUGCGGCAGCUGGCGCAGAUGUACCAGGUGCCGCGCCUCGAGCUGCUCUGCGCGCAGGCGCUGCAGGAGAGCGUCGCGCCGGCGAGCGCCGUGCCGCUGCUCGAGGCGGCGCACACGACGGGCGACGGGCGGCUCCUCGCGCAGUGCCGCCGCUUCGUGGCCGACCACGCCGCCGAGGUGCGCGCGAGCGGCGGCGUGGAGCAGCUGCGCGACCUGGGCGUGGCCAAGGGGCUGCUCGGCGACGCGCUCGACCAGGUGGCGGAGCUGAAGAAGGGGCGACGCGCGCGGCGGCGGCCUGACGCGCCCCUGUGCAGAGUGGCCUGA